GUUUACCAGGAUGCUGGUUUACAGUUUAGGGAACAUGUACGUAAGCUGAUGUGAACUUCUCAUCGGACAACAAUAGACUUAGCCAUGGUCAUACCUUCAACAAACAAAUCGAAUCCACAAGUUUCCAGGAUUGGACUAAAAGUAUUUCUACUGGCAUUUGUUCUUUCUACCUCAUCUUAUUUGUUUCUAUGGAGAUUGAAUGGUGGGAGCAAAGUUAUACUAUUUAAAGCCCCCGGGCCCAAACCAGUUUCCCGAUAUUUUAAUUCGUCAUUCACAAUUUCUGCACACGACAUGGGAAUCAGUGAAGAAGAGUGGGAAAGACUACAGAAGGCCCUGGACUGGCCUAGUCCAGAUCAAGAAAUCACUGACCUGAGUGCGAGCACAAGUCCAGACCACUCAACGUUCACUAUUGUGGGAAUCAAUCAGAGUUACAGCGUGGGAGAAAAGAUCCUGGUUACUAUCACCGCCAGAGACCACAACAAUAACCUGAAAAGAUACGGAGGAGACUUUUUCAAAGUUAAGCUGUUCAAUUCAGAGCUAAAGGCGAGUGUGUAUGGGGAGGUUGUGGAUCAUCGUAACGGGACUUACUCUGCUUCUCUUCUUCUGCCCUGGGAAGGUCAGGCACAAGUUUCUGUUCGUCUUGAGCACUCCAGUGAGGUUGUGCAGAUUCUGAAAAAAUACAGGGAUUCCUCAUUCACACGCAGCCACUAUAACGGACACUUUGAAGGACUAGGACCCAAUAAAACCAGGAUCAGUGAAGAAGUGCCGUGUAACCUUAAGUGGGGUGCAAAGGGGAGUUGGAUUAAAGGUAACUGCUGCUGCGAGUAUGAGGAUAUUAAAACAGGGACGGUGUGGCACUGUGAGAGACCUAAGAAACUUUCUUGUGACAAACUGGUUCAUCACUCAAGAGGAGGUCUGGAAAGUCCAUUGAAUCAUUUUGAGGAACAAUUUUUCACAAACAUAUUAAUAAAUGUUGGUAUUAGUGGUGACACACAAUUAAUUAACGUCCUUCCCAAAACAACAGACAAUGACAGAACGGAGAGAUGCAGACCUGGCCUGACGACACCAGUACCUGCAGGUUUCUAUCUGAAUGAUGUCUGGAAGUCUUUUGUAUGCAAAACCCAACAGUUCAAUUCUACCCAAACUGGAAAUUGCCUUAAAAACAAGAUUGUCUAUUUGAUGGGAGACUCCACCACAAGACAGUGGUUUGAGUUUUUAGAGAGAAAGGUGCCAGGUAUAAAAAGGAUGGACCUCCACACUCCUCCUACAGGUGGACCCCUGAUGGCUGUUGAGUUGACAAACAAUAUUAUAGUUCACUGGGGGCCACAUGGAGUUCCUCUGCGCUUUACAAAAAUGCUGAUCACUGACCUGCAUUACAUCAGUAAUGAUAUUGAUGAAAUAGCUGGGGGUCCUCAUGCAGUGAUAGUCUUUACAAUUGCUGCUCACCUGGUUUUUCACCCGCUAACAUUCUAUGUGCAUGAAGUGGCCAAAAUCCGUCAGUCUGUCGUUUCACUGCUGAGCCGAGCACCAGAGACUGUCGUCAUCAUCAAGUCUGGAAACACUGCAGGACCAAAGGACAUUUUUCAAAGUGACUGGUACGCCAUGCAGCUGAACAUGGUGAUGCAGGAGAUGUUCAGAGAUAUUGAUGGCGUAAUCUACUUCGAUGUCUGGCAGAUGACUUCAUGUCACUACCUGCACGACGAUGUUCACCCAGGCGCUGUUGUUGUCGAUAAUGAAGUUGAUAUUCUGUUGUCAUAUGUUUGUCCUCCCUGACUGCUGAAUACUAUUGUUUAUGCUUUGUUAAUAAACCAUGGAACUUGGGAAAACAAAAA